ACGUAACGUACAGUAUGGUCCAGGAAAUUUCCAGUUGCUCUUCCAAUUACUCCACCUAGAGUGCCACCGGAUAACUCCGGUGAUGUGCCGCAGGGGAGUCGAAAAACGUCAGAACGGCGUUUUAACCAGCCAUCUGUAUGCAGCACAACCCCGAUAGGGUAAGAUCAACCACCUGUCACUUGCCAACAUCCUAUACGUGUCUUCCCUGCGUCUCAGGAGUUCCCGGCCGCGAUGUCCAAAUCGGACCUGCCACCGAGCUACGAUGACUGGCCUGGUCCUCCGGCUGGAUCUUACCCUCAGCCGCCUGCGUACCCACCCCCUGCUUAUGAAGACCCGGCCCUGCCUGCCCCGUACCCUCCUUUCCCACCUUAUCCAGGGACAUACGCCCCAGGACCCCAGCCCCCGCAUCCCACCCCAUACCCAGGGCAGCCGGGCGUGUAUCCUCAGCCUCGUCAGGGUGGGGACCUCGGGUACCCAACUCCUGGAGUACCUCACAUCAUGCCCCCUGUGUUUCCCACAGGGACGCCCAUCACCCACCCAAACUCAGUGUUGGGGCUUAACGGCGCUGGUGCUCUGGCCACAGGACACACUGAGGGAUUCGCCUCAGCUGGGGGCUGGAGCAGUAUGGCCGUUCGACAUGCGUUCAUCCAAAAAGUUUACCUUAUUUUGGCGGCUCAGCUUCUUGUCACAGUCUCCAUCGUGGCUGUUUUCAUAUUUGUUGAGCCUGUUCGCUUGUUCGUGAUCAGAAACCCAGGCGUGUACUGGGCUUCAUAUGUGGUUUACUUGGUGUGUUACAUUGUUCUGUCCUGCUGUGAAGGACCAAGGAGACGCUAUCCAUGGAAUCUAAUAUUCCUUGCCAUUCUCACACUGGCCAUGUCGUAUAUGACAGGAGCAUUAUCAAGUUAUUAUGACACUAAAGCAGUGUUCCUGGCUCUUGGAAUAACAGUGAUAGUGUGCGUCAGUGUCACAGUCUUCUGCUUUCAGACCAAGGUGGAUUUUACUGCGUGCAGAGGUAUUUUCUGUGUCCUGGGUAUGGUCUUCAUGGUCACAGGAAUCAUCACCAUUGUUGUGCUCUCAUUUCAUUAUGUCCCGUGGCUUGAUAUGCUCUUUGCGGCCAUUGGCACGAUUGUUUUCACCUUGUUCCUUGCCCUCCACACCCAGCUUGUCAUAGGAAACCGCAAGCACUCCAUUAGCCCAGAGGAAUAUGUCUUUGCAGCUCUGUCCAUCUACCUCGACGUGAUCCAGAUCUUUACCUUCCUCAUACAGCUGACUUCAGGGUCUUCAAGAAAUGACUGAUAGAUAGACCCGUCCACUUAUUUAUUUAUACAUAUUCUGUAUAUUCCGAUCUUUCUCUAAAGUGUAUUCAUGAUAUUGUAGAAAUGUACUGUGGAUGGUUUUGCUGAAAUGUGUGUAAGUCAAGCAAGACUGAGGAAGAUGUAAUGCUAAUUGUUUUGUACUGUACUGUCUUAGUGUGGUGCAUGUUCAAUUUGCAGUGCCUGAU